AUGGAUUGCAUUUGCAUAGGUAAACAAGAGUGCUUGGGAGCUGUAGCAAAUAACAAAGAUUCUUAUUUUAUUCUAUCAAAAGAUUACGAACUUAUAGAAAUUGAUAUAGCCACUUCACAUGUCAAAAAUCGAGUGCAAGUUCCAAAGGAGAAAUUAGGUGAUAAUUUGAUUACUUUAAAAUACAACCAGGAGCAUAUUUACAUAUUUUGGGGCCAGUCAGAAUAUUUAGUAUUUCGACUAAACCCUCCAGAAUUCCUAUUAGAUGUAGAAUGUGGUGGGAAAAAACCUUAUAUUCCGCAUAGCACUGCAUUUACAGAUGAUUUGAUUAUAUUUUCAACCUUUUCACAUAGCAAUAUUUAUAUUCUCCCAAUCUUUCCUCUCGCUCAGCAAGGCUUUUCUAAAAAGCCAUCGAAAUUGAAGAUGACUUCAAAAGUUAUUGCAAAUCAUGUGGUGGUUCAACCUAUGUCGUCUUUCUUAAUCGCUGCUUGCAGUGAUGGACUUAUACGAGUAUGAAAUUAUCAAACAAUUGAAGAGUUUUUACCUAUUAUUGAUAGUGGGACUGAUCAAAAAGCGAACAAAAAAAUCAUCAGCCACUUAAUGAAAAAAAAUAUUUUACAUCAAAUUAAUUGUUUGGAAUUCAACCAUAAUGGAAGCAGAUUACUAUCUGGAGAUGAUGCUGGAGUGAUAAAUGCAUGAAAUACAAGUGACAUUACAAAUUAUUUACUAGACGCAAAUAUAAGAAUUUCUGAGCAAGGAAUUUUAGGAGUAUCGUGAAUAAAUGAUGAUAAUUUUAUAGGGCUCAUAAAAGAAGGGACUUUAAUUCUCAUGCAAAUAUCUCAACAAGUUUCUGGGUAGCUUUUAUAUAGAUCGACAAAGAGGAAUUUGCCAUCAAAAAUUAAAAUAGUCUCUCAAAGCUUAUUUUCGAUACCUCAUGAUGUAAUUUCUUCAUUCCCACGGCAAGAAUUAAGGUGCCUAUAUUCACUAUCCAAUAAUACAGUCCUGCUUGUUUGACCUUUUGAUAACAUGAAAUACAUUUUUCAUUUAUCUCUUAUCAAUUCUCAAAAUGCAUCCAAUGGCUAUCCAGCAAUAUGCCCAAUGAUUCAGCAGCCAAUAGAAUCUUUAAUUACAAGCCCUAUCAAAUUUCCAGCUUACUUUUAUUUUAUAUCAAAAAAUGAUAUUAUUGAAUACUCAGUUAAAGAUGGAAAACAAAAUUCGAUAGCAAAUUUACCUCCAGAACAAGCAGCUUAUCUCAGCUUAGAAUGUAAACCGAAAAGCGGGGGAAAUCCUAUAGAUAUUCUGGCAAUAAAAGAAAUAAAAGGAACUAAGUAUGCUCAUUUACUAAGGAAAAAUGGAGCGAAUAUAACUUCAAAACAAUAUAAUGGAGUAGCCGGGUGCAUUUUAGGGGAAGAAAAUGAAAUAGGAGAAAAUUUAUUAAUUGUAGGAGAAGAUAGAUCUUCAGUGAUUUUAUAUUACUUAGACGGCGAUGAAGAACCUGAGAAUUUCACUUUAAGUAUGAAAAUAAAAAAUGUUUACUGGACUCCUCUUCAAUAUGGCUUCAGUGUCGUUUAUGAAACUUUGCAUGAGCAUAGCAUAAGGUUAUCAAAGAGUGUAAGAACUGGUAGGACUGAAGAUGUAGACUUAAGCGACAAAGACGUAUUUAAGCUUACUUAUGACGAAAUUUUAACAUGCUUAAAAUGAGACAACGUCAAUAUUAAACUAGCUAUAGGAACGAGUAAAAGAAUUUGUAUUUUAAAUUCUGAGUUGCAGCCUUUAGAACAAUGUAUAUUGGAGAAGCCUAAAUGAAGUGUCCCAACUUCUGUAUUUUGGUAUGGAAACACAUUGCUUUUUUCAAGGCAUGAAGGAAUUUACUAUUAUUCCAAAAGAAUAAAGCUGUUGUUCCAAGUUUUAACACCUUCUAUCAUAUGUGGAGCUUUAAACGAUAGAAUUCUAUUAGCAGUCAAGUCAAACAACAUAGAAAUCCAAGCCCGACCAAUCACGAUGCUAGAGCCUCUAAUCUCAGGAUACAUAAAGACUCAUCCAGAUGAAGAGAAAAUCAAUAAAAUUGUUAGAAUGAUGAACACUCCUCUAAUUUCAGAGGAUUUAAUCAAAAAUUUACUCGAUUCAGGGUAUUCAGAGGCAGCUUGGUUUUUAGUUGAAAAUUCAGAGUCAAGCUAUGUAUCUUUGCCUUUGAGGAUAAAAAUAUUGAAAAAAUUGAAUUUGUUUGAUGAUAUUUUAGAUAAACUUUUACACAAGAAGUACCUUGAAGAUCCAUAUGAACUGAAACAUUUUUUAGUUGAGUUUAAUUCUGAUCACAACUGGAAACUUGAGAAAAAUCUUAUAUCAGAAAUGGCAAAAUAUUUUGAGGAAAGAGGACAGCUUUUAAAAGCUGCAAAGUGCUUGGAAUUGACGAAUAAUUUAAAAGAUCUUGAAAUUUUACUAGCUCAACAAGGUAUAAAUCCUUCUCCUUACAUCUUAAAUUCUAAACAAAGUGUUUUUAUAGAUCCUCCUGGAUUUCAAGAUAUUGAUUUUCAGAUUCAGCCUCCCAAUUUGUUUCCUAUAAAGCUUGGCUUUGGAGAGUCUCCAUUUAUUCAACUAGCAAACAGCUUUGAAAUUAUUCCCACUCACUCUGAUAAUAUCGGCCAAUGGUUUGGCUGGGAUUCUCUCAAAGAAUUUGAAAGAGCUGCACCCCAAUUUAUCGAUCUCGCUUUAAUUGAAGAAGAGAAAGGAGGAAACCAAGAGCUUAGCGAAGAGGAGGCUCUCGCCGUAUAUUUAAGAUGUGACGAAGGUAAAGGCAACCAGCUCGGAAACGUAAUGAAUAGCAAAGCAUAUUUCAUUAAUGAAAGGAUGUGGGGAGGAAUGUUAGAUGAAGGAGACCCUAUGGAAUAUGAAGAUAAAUGGGGAAAAAGAUGUCAGCCAAAUUAUAGCUUAAGUUUUGUGAUGGAAAGUAGACUCGUCAUUGACGACUUGAAGCCUGACAAAAAAUUUUCUAUUGAGUUUUGGUGCAGCUUAAAAGCACUAGAAGAUGCUUGUUUAUUCAAAACUGGGACUUUCGAAUGCAGAAUUGAUAACGCUGUAUAUAAGUGCACGAAUAAUGCUUAUAGCUUAAAAUUAAUUGAGCCAAAACAUGAGCAAGAUGAAGAAUUUCAACCAAUUUUGCCGAUAGUCGAAAAUAUUUGAUUCCAUACCUGUAUAACUUAUUCUACUCCAAAUUUAUCGAUAUACAAAAAUGGCAGACUAAUGUAUACAGCUAAUGUGGUUGAUCUAUCUAUGGGAGAUUCUUUCAUUUUUGGUGGAUUAAAUGGCUACAUCAGCGAAAUCAGGAUAUGGAAAACUCAAAGAAAAUCUGAACAAAUAAAAGAAGUUUAUAAAUGUCCUCAUGAUAUUUUGACCGAAAAAAGAAGGAAAAAAUGGACCGCUAUUAAAAUCAAUAAAAAUGAAAGCGAAAAUAAAGAAAAAGCUGCAGGAUUAUUACUGCCAAAGCCAGAGCAGCCUAUAAAGUUGCAGGCGCCAAAAUCAUUGAAGCCUCCUGGCAGACUUUUAGCUCCUCCAAAAGCACCAGUUAAAUUAGAAGAAAAAAGCAAAUCCUUUGAUGAAGAUUCAUAA